GUGGAGGAGACCAGCACACAGUGUGUUUGGAAUCUCCAAGUCUCUACCUAUUUGUGUUGUGUGAGUUAAUGGAUUUUUAGUACAAAGAAAACCUAAACCCAGCUGACUUGAAAGACUGGAAUUUCAGCUCUCUUCCUUUGCUGGGAUGUUUUCUCUCCCCUUUUCUCUGAAAACUCUCUAAACCCGAUCACCAGGUCAGUGACCAGCCCUCCACUUCCAAGGGUGUCUAGCUUUUGGCUCGGAAAGAGAACCACCACCUGAUUAGGAAAGCACUUGGGAGGCACAUUAAUCUUGCCAGCGUUGUCAGGAGCGAUCAGCGAGUUUUAUUACAAAGCCCUUAUUGCCUGAAAGGCCUCCUUGUGUGAGUCUGAAUGGAAGGGGCAUGGUAAGGUCUCGGGGCAUGCUAUCAGGACCCCUGGUCUCACCCCCUGGACUGUGAGCUGACACUCUGGGAGGAAGUACAGGAGUCCUGCUUUGCUGAGCAGAUCAUGCCUGUGGACAGAACUGGCCCUGGCAUCAUGAACUCUCCAGGCUGUACUGGGCCCAAGGCCCUGCUGUUCUUGCUGCUCCAACUCAUUUUGCUGCACCUGGACCCAGCCAACUCCACCUUCAUCAGCAUCAACUGGGGGCUGAGGGUGAUGAAGGGCAGUUCUGCCUUCCUGUCUGAAGAUCAUUUGAAGUUUGCCAUCCCCAAAGAGAAGGAUGCCUGUAGAGUGGAGGUGGUGAUGAAUGAGCCGAUAACCCAGAGGGUUGGGAAACUCACUCCACAGGUCUUUGAUUGCCAUUUCCUUCCCAACGAAGUACAGUAUGUUCACAAUGGAUGCCCGAUUCUUGAUGAAGAUUCCGUGAAGCUUAGGCUUUAUAGAUUUACGGACACAGACACCUUCAUGGAAACCUUUCUCUUGCAAGUUCAUCUCGUGGAACCAGACUGUAAUAUCAUCCGUCUAAGCAGCAAUAUGCUGGAAGUGACUGAAUUCUACGGCUUGUCCCAAGCCAUUGACAAGAACCUGCUCCAAUUUGAUUAUGACAGGACAGCCCACCUGGACUGUACCAUCAGACUGGAUCCAGUGGGGACUCAGCUGCCAGCCCACGGCAAGCUGGUUGUGCUGCACCAUAAGCCAGAGGGACCUCGUGGAGAUCAGCCACACAGCUUUUUUUCUGAGACCCAGCUGGGAGCAGGACUGAAGUGUCCAGGUGGCAACUGUGCCCUGGGGUUGCAAACUGUGGGAAGUCUGAAGACGAGCUGUGAGGAGUUCCUGCUGAUGGGACUUCACUACCAACACACACACCCCCCUUCACCCAACAUUGAUUAUAUAGCCAUCCAGCUGGACCUCACGGACAGAAGGAGUCAAGCCACGUACAAGUCAGAGAGUGUGUGGUUGCCUGUGCAUAUCAGAGUUGGCAUUCCUAACCAGGCCCCAAGGGCUGCAUUCAUGGCCAUGUUUGUACUGGAGGUGGAUCAAUUCAUACUGACACCCCUGACAACCUCCGUUCUGGACUGUGAGGAAGAUGAGACCCCCAAACCCUUGUUGAUGUUCAAUAUCACUAAAGCCCCGCUCCAAGGCUAUAUGACCCACCUGCUAGAUCAUACCAGACCCAUCUCUUCGUUUACCUGGAAGGAUCUAAGUGACAUGCAAGUUGCCUACCAGCCACCAAACAGCAGCUAUCCUGAGCGGAGAAAUUACAAGGUGGAGCUGGAGGUGUAUGACUUCUUCUUUGAGAGGAGCGCCCCCAUGACAGUCCACAUCUCCAUCAGAACAGCAGACACGAAUGCACCCAGAGUGUCCUGGAAUACAGGUCUGAAUCUCCUGGAGGGACAGUCUCGGGCCAUCACUUGGGAACAAUUUCAGAUUGUCGACAAUGAUGACAUUGGUGCUGUGCAGUUGGUCACCAUUGGUGGCCUGCAGCAUGGACGGCUUACAGUAAGAGAGGGAAAAGGAUUUCUCUUCACUGUGGCUGAUCUACAGGCUGGAGUUGUUCGCUAUCAUCAUGAUGACAGUGACUCUACCAAAGACUUUGUGGCUUUCAGGAUAUUUGAUGGCCAACACAGCAGCCAUCACAAGUUUCCGAUCAACAUCUUGCCCAAAGAUGAUAGCCCCCCAUUUCUCAUAACUAAUGUUGUUAUUGAACUAGAAGAGGGGCAGACCAUCUUGAUCCAAGGGUCCAUGCUGAGAGCUUCAGAUAUGGACUCCAGUGAUGACUACAUCUUCUUUAAUGUCACAAAGUUCCCACAGGCUGGGGAGAUCAUGAAGAAGCCAGGGCCAGGACUGAUAGGGUAUCCUGUCCCUGGCUUCCUUCAGAGAGACCUGUUCAAUGGAGUCAUUUACUAUCGUCACUUCGGUGGAGAAAUCUUUGAAGAUUCUUUUGAAUUUGUCCUAUGGGACAGCCAUGAACCUCCAAAUUUUUCCGUGCCACAGAUGGUGAUGAUCCACAUCACUCCAGUAGAUGACCAGCUUCCAAAAGAGGCUCCUGGUAUUUCCCGGCAUUUGGUUGUCAAGGAAACAGAGGUGGCCUACAUCACUAAAAAGCAUCUACAUUUCCUGGAUACAGAAUCACAUGAUGGGGAGCUCAUCUACACAAUAACACGCCCUCCAUGUUUCUCCUUCAGCCACAGACACUUGGAUGCCGGGAAAUUAUUCUUGGUAGACAGCAUACCAAAGCUAAUCAAAAAUCCUGCAGUCCGGGGGCUGAGAUCAUUUACCCAGCAUGCUGUGAACCACAUGAAAGUGGCCUACAUGCCACCCAUGCAAGACAUAGGUCCCGCUCCUCGACAUGUGCAGUUCACGGUGUCUGUCAGGAACCAGCAUGGAGGCACCUUACACGGAAUCUGCUUCAACAUAACAAUUCUGCCAGUGGACAAUCAGGUCCCGGAGGUGUUUACCAACACCCUGAGAGUGGCCGAGGGUGGUCAGUGCACCAUUAGCACCGAGAACAUUUUGGUUUCUGAUGUGGACACCCCACUGGAGAGCAUCUGCCUCUCCCUUCAGGAACUGCCUUUCCACGGCAGGGUGGAGCUGGAUGGAUUCCCGCUAAACCCAAGAGGCACAUUUUCAUGGACAGACCUCCAUACCUUAAAAGUUAGGUAUCACCAUGAUGGAUCUGAAGUUGUUCAGGAUGAGAUAUUCUUGGAGGUCACAGAUGGCACAAAUUCAGCAGAAUUUGUUCUACACAUUGAGGUAAUCCCUAUGAAUGAUGAGCCACCUGUUCUAAAGGCUAACCUCAUUCCCAUGAUGCACUGCUCAGAGGGUGGGGAGGUGACCAUCACACCUGAACACAUUUUUGCUACUGAUGCAGACAGUGAUGACUUGAAACUGCUGUUUCUGAUUGCCCGAGAAGCUCAGUAUGGGGUGAUGAGAAAGGCUGGAAUAGUUGUGGACAGGUUCUCUCAGGAGGAUGUCAUCUCAGGGGCUGUGACAUACAAACACACAGGUGGGGAAAUUGGCUUGGUGCCUUGUUUUGACACCAUUAUAUUGGUGGUUUCGGAUGGUGAAGCUGGCCCUUUGGUGAAUGGCUGUUGCUACAAUGGACCCAACCCAUCUGUUCCUCUUCAUGAGUCCUUUCCCAUGUACCAGCUCAACAUCACAGUGCAUCCAGUUGACAACCAGCCACCUUCAAUUAUAAUAGGUAGGAUGUUCGUGGUGGAUGAGGGAUUCUCAUCAGCCCUUACUACCUAUCAUUUGACCGCCAGUGACCCAGACACUGCCCCAGAAGACUUAGAAUUUGUUUUGGUUUCUCAUCCCCAAUUUGGCUACCUUGAAAACACACUCCCUUCUACAGGUUUUGAGAAAAGUAACAUGGGUAUAAGCAUAGCUUCAUUCCAGUGGAGAGACAUGAAGACUUUGCAUAUUAACUACGUGCAGUCCAUGCACCUGAGUGUGGAACCAACUGCUGACCAGUUCAUGGUUUAUGCCACAGAUGGGGAGCAACGCUCCUUAGAGACAGCAUUUCACAUUAUCAUCAACCCCACAAAUGAUGAAGCUCCUGACUUUGUGGUACAGAAUAUCAGUGUGUGUGAGGGUCAGACAACACAGCUGGAUUCUUCCAUCAUUGCUGCUGCUGACAGGGAUGUCCCGAAGGACCCCUUGCUCUUCAGUAUCAUUCAGAAGCCCCAGCAUGGCCUCCUCAUCAAUGGGGCCAUCAGCAAAGAAUCUCCUCAGAUCAAGAUGCAGAACUGUGAAAUUCACAACUUCUCCAUGGACCUUCUCAAGACUGGACUGAAGCUGGCCUAUGUCCAUGACGACUCGGAGAGCCUCACUGACAACUUUGUGAUCCAGCUGUCCGAUGGGAAACAUAAAAUACUUAAAACCAUUUCAGUAAAUAUCACCCCAGUGAAUGAUGAGAAACCAACGCUAAGCAAGAAGGCCGAAAUAUCAAUGACCAUGGGAGAUACACGUGUUCUGUCUAGCGCCGUUCUUUCAGCCAUAGAUAAAGACUCGCCCAGAGAGACAAUUCACUAUUUAUUUGAAAGACUUCCCCAAAAUGGGCAACUUCAGCUUAAGAUAGGAAGGGACUGGGUCCCUCUCUCAGCUGGUAUGCAGUGCACCCAGGAGGAUGUGGACCUGAACUUGCUGAGAUACACACACACUGCCAAGAUGGGUUCCCAGGAUGGAGACAGUUUCACCUUCUACCUCUGGGAUGGGGAUAACAGAUCACCUGCGUUUGACUGUCACAUCAUCAUUGAAGACUCAGGGAAAGGUGAUAUUGUCAUUCAUGUAAGACCACUCGUGGUAGCCAAAGGUGACAGAGGUUUCUUAACGACUGCCACUCUCCUGGCUGUGGAUGGAGCAGACAAGCCUGAGGAACUACUCUACCUCAUCACUUCUCCACCACAGUAUGGCCAGGUGGAGUACGCCCACUAUCCCGGAGUCCCUAUCACCAGCUUUAGCCAAAUGGACAUAGCAGCGCAGACAGUCUGCUAUACACACAAGAGCAGGGCAACUGUCCCCGGUGACAGCUUCAGAUUUACCAUCAGCAAUGGACUGCAGACCCAGCAUGGGGUGUUUGAGAUCACACUGGAGACUGUGGACAGAGCCUUGCCUGUGGUGUCUAGGAACAAAGGGCUGAGGCUGGCUGAAGGGGCCGUGGGUCUACUCUCUGCUGAUCACCUUCAGCUGACUGACUCUGACACACCUCCAGCGAACCUAACCUUCCUUCUGGCCCAGCUCCCACGCCAUGGGUACCUCUCCCUGAGGGGGAAAGUGCUUCGGCAUAAUUUUACUCAGCAAGAUGUGGACAGCAGGGGUGUGUCCUAUCAGCACUCAGGAGGCCGCUCCCAGGCAGACUGCUUUACUUUCCGGGCCACCGAUGGGAAGAACCAAGGCUUUGUGGUGGAUGGGAAAAUCUGGAAAGAGCCUGUUUUCUUCACCAUCCAGGUGGACCAGCUGGACAAAGAGGCACCCCGGAUCACACGCCUGCACUCCCCUUCUCAAGUGGGGCUCUUGAAAAAUGGCUGUUACGGGAUUUACAUCACUUCCCAUGUGCUGAAGGCGUCAGACCCAGACACGGAGGAUGACCAGAUCAUCUUUAAGAUUUUACACGGCCCAUUGCAUGGACGUCUAGAGAACACAACCACAGGUGAAUUAAUCCGUGAGCAAUUUAGCCAGAAGGACUUAAGGAGUAAGACCAUUCUUUACAUCAUAAACACAUCUUUGCAAGUGGAUACAGAUAUCCUGGAGUUUCAGAUCAUGGACCCCACAGGGAACACUGCCACUCCUCAAAGCUUGGAGCUGAAGUGGUCUUAUAUUGAAUGGUUCCAGACUGAAUAUGAGGUUUGUGAGGAUGUGGGCUUAUUGCCCUUGGAAGUUACCAGAAGGGGAUAUUCCGUGGAGUCAGCCUUUGUGGGCAUAGAGGUCAACCAAGUGUCAGCUGUAGUUGGAAAAGAUUUUAUUGUCACGCCAUCCAAACUGAUCCAGUUUGACCCAGGAAUGUCAACUAAGAUGUGGAAUAUAGCAAUUACCUAUGACGGAUUAGAGGAAGAUGAUGAGGUCUUUGAAGUAAUUCUGAACUCCCCUGUGAAUGCGGUUCUUGGCACAAAGACAAAAGCUGCAGUGAAAAUUUUGGACUCAAAAGGAGGACGGUGCCAUCCUUCAAAUUCCUUCAACCAAAGCAAGCACAGCACAUGGGGGAAGGGCACUUGGCAUCCACCGCCCCCAGGGUCAUCCUCACUCAACACUGCUGGUUCUCCUCAUCUGGAAAGGGGACCUCCUCCAUCUUCCACCAAAGGAGAUGCCCUUCAGGACUUUGAUCCCACAGACCUCUCUCAAAGGAUGAUGAGGACCCAUGGGAAUGGAAAAUCAGUUCCUCCAUCCUCUGUCUGUAGAAAUGGAACAGACACCAUCUACAAUUAUCACGGCAUAGUUUCCUUGAAACUAGACAGUGGUAGUUUCUCAGCUCACAAAGGGAAGGCCAAGAUAUCCAUUAUCAGUCAACCACAGAAGACAAUCAAGGUGGCAGAGAGGCCUCCAGCUGAUGUGGUGGAAUCCACAACUGACUCACACUUCCCCAGACAGGGUCAGCUGCCCCUGUUUCCAAAGAACUGUUCUGUGGAAUUAAAGGGACUGUUUCAUUUUGAAGAAAGCAUCCACAGAUUGUAUCUAUGUGAUGGGAUCACCUGGAAAGCCUGGAGUCCCCAAACCAAGGGGCUGGAGGGCAAAUCCUGCCCAGCUGGAUGGCAUCUUCACUCAGGCUACUGUCACACCUUGGUCACACAGAGGAAAGGCACGUGGACCAUGGCUACCCGAGCUUGCAGAGAACAGCAUCAAGGCAACCUAGUGACAGUCUUCUCCAGGAGGCAUAUGCAGUGGUUAUGGGAUAUCGGUGGGAGAAAGCCCUUCUGGAUUGGCUUGAAGAACCAAGAAGGCACUGGCCUCUGGGAGUGGAUUGGAGGUGAACCUGUUGCAUUUACUAACUGGAGGAGAGGGCCCCCUCAGCAUCCAAGGCCUGGAAAGAGCUGUGUUUUGGUUCACAAAAGAGGACAAUGGCAAUCAAAGAACUGUAGUAAAGGCAAGGCUCACAAUUUUGUGUGCUCAAGGAAACUCUGAAUGACAUUUCUCACCUGUCUAUUUACAAGAUCUAUUUGCUCAUUAGAAAUGCAUUGUUGUGACUGGAUGGGUAUGUCUUUGUGGGCCUACCAAAUAAACAUGGAAGCUAGAGCAACAGUCCUAGAAAGGUGGGUGUAGGAAUGUGUCUUUCAAAAUGAGAUAUAAUUUCUGCAUCUCAAUAUUUUUCUAAAUAAACACCUGCAGUAUUAUAGACUAUAAUAUUUACUUCUUCUAGAAGAUUCAUACUUCUUCCUAUGCCAACUCUCAGGUAGUACAAAUUUCCUCGGACGUUAGAUACUUUUGUUCCUAGACCUCAGUUGAGUCCAUCCAGAAAGAUCAGUGUUUCCGGU